CGGGCGGAUGGCGGCGGAGCUGGGCGCGGGGCUGCGCAUCUUCCGCGAUAUACUGAGAAGAGCAGACAAGAAUGAUGAUGGAAAACUGUCCUUUGAUGAAUUCAAAGCUUACUUUGCUGAUGGAGUUCUGAGUGGAGAAGAACUGCAUGAACUUUUUCACAUGAUUGAUACACACAAUACAGACAAUCUUGACACUGAAGAGCUUUCUGAAUAUUUUUCGCAGCACUUAGGAGAGUAUGAAAAUGUUCUCUCUGUUUUGGAGGAAUUAAACAUUACUAUACUGAAAGCAAUGGACAAAACAAAGAAAGACUAUCAAGAAGCUUCUAAUUUGGAGCAGUUCGUGACUCGCUUUCUCCUGAAGGAAACGCUGAACCAGCUCCAGUCCCUCCAGGCUUCCCUGGAGUGUGCCAUGGAAACCACAGAGGAGCAGACUCGGCAGGAAAGACAAGGUCCAACAAAACCAGAAGUGCUCUCAGUGCAAUGGCCAGGAAAACGCUCUGCUCGAAGGCUUCAAAGGAGCAACAGCCUAUCACCCAGUAACCCUCAAUUUAACACAGGCUGGAUUGAGGAAGAGAGCCAGUGGAUGACCCAGAUAAGCAGACUUCAGAAGCUGAUUGACAGGCUGGAAAAGAAGGACUUGAAGCUUGAGCCAUUUGAAGAAGAAGUUUUGGAAGAAAAUGCAAGAUCUCACAUAAUGAUCGUUCAACGUCAAAUGUCUGUGAUAGAAGAAGAAAUUGAGGAAUUCAGGCUUGCUCUGAAGCAGUAUGUGGAGUCUGCUUCUGCUCAGAGUGGCUGUUUGCAUGUUUCCAUACAGAAGCUUCCAAAUGAUUCCCGCUUCAUUAUUUAUGAGUUCUGGGAGAACAGCAACAUCUGGAAUAGCCACCUUCAAAUGAAUUACAGCAAGACAUUCCAAAGAAGUAAUGUGGACUUCCUGGAAACUCCAGAGCUCAUUACAACAAUGCUAGUCCCUGCAUCGUGGUGGGUCCUCAAUAACAACUAGAAGCUGUGAUUCCAAGUAAUUAUGUCAUGUUUUUCACUACAAUAACGUUGAUUUAACAGUGUACAGGUGUGCUGGGUUAGAGGUUUAUCACGUGAUACUGCAAUACUAUGGAUGUAAUCUGUUCUGUUCUAAAAUAAGGAAAAUCACAUUCAUUGCCUUCUUGUGAUCAGUUUAGUGAAAUAACGCAUUGUAAAAGCUGAAAAAAAGACAAAACUAAGCUCAACUGUUAACUGUGUAUAUUUAGUCCUGUCACAGAA